AUGACGAUGAAAGGCUUGUCCUCCAGCCGCAGCCACCAUCACACACUCACACACUGUGAUCAGUCCUACGAUUCUUUGACCCUCUGCCACGACCGACGACCUUAUGUCCUCAAUCCCAACCCCCCGAGCGACCAUGGCUUCUAUGGGUGCCAGUCCGAUCUGGCUAGCAGCACAUUUCCACGCAGACAUCAUGGCUCACAUCAUGAGCUUAAGGACGAACGUGCCAUAGUGCCCUAUGUGGGACCAGGAGGUGUAGCAGGGAGUGGGUGCGGCCCAUGUAAUUCCACUGCCAUCUCCACAUCACUGCUGGAAAAGUUCGAGCAGCAACAACCAAUGAGGAAGGACGGGUAUCACACAUUGCAAUACAAACGAACAGCUGCAUUGGAGCACCAGCGCAGUGACAGUCCUGGGCGCAUUCGCCAUCUUGUACACUCCGUCCAAAAACUGUUCACCAAGUCUCAUUCCCUGGAAGGUCCCGGCCAGCGCAGUCUCAACGGAAAUGACCCCACCAUCCCAGCCGACGCAAUGGCUACUGCUGCAUCCCACCCAAACGUUUCCACCACAACCAUAGGAACUCUACAUAAGUCGUCAAGCAACAAACGGGGGAAGAACAAGGAACGCAGCCGCUCUGAACCCAAACCUCGCGCACGGACACCGGGGUCGGGUUACUGGAGCUCGGAUGACACUCUAGACAGAGAGAUCUGCCUUUAUCACCAGCAUCAACCUUCUGGAGUCAUGACCAUGGGCCGCCAUCCGGACAAAUCCCAGUCCCACUACUUUCUGGGACAAAGUUACAACACACUAGGAGGGGGACGCUCAUCCCUGAAGACCUCGCGCAGCAACAAUGAUGUCGGAAGUUGCUCGACUUGCUCCAACCCUACAGUGGGUGCUCUGACUUUCGGAGGCGCCACAGCAGUGGACCAGGCUGGACCGCUCGUCAAGAAGAGCUCCUGGUCCAGCACGCUAACGGUGAGCAGGGCCCGAGAGGUGUACCAGAAGGCAACGGUCAAUAUCGAUAAAGCCCUAGUCAAAGCACAGACCUGCCAGCAGGGACGAACCUGCCAGUUUUUACAGGUUCCUCAGGAUGAGUGGGGAGGCUUCUCCUCUGUGGGUCAGGAUGAUGAGAUCCCUUGCCGGCGGAUGAGGAGUGGCAGCUACAUCAAGGCAAUGGCAGAGGAGGACAGUGGAGACUCUGACUGUAGCCCCAAACCUUCACCCAAAGUCCAGGCACGGAGAGCGAGCUACCUGAAAGCCACCCAGCCUUCCCUCACAGAGAUGACCACACUCAAGAUCAGUGCGGAGUCGCAUUCCCCCAAGCUGCAGAUUCGGAGUCACAGUUAUCUGCGAGCGGUGAGUGAGGUUUCAAUCAACCGCAGUUUGGACAGUCUGGAUCCGGCCACUCUGCUGGCUUCGCCCAAAUUUCGCUCCCGAAAUGAGAGCUACAUGAGGGCCAUGAGCACCAUAAGUCAGGUGAGUGAGGUGGAGGUGAACGGGCAGAUCGAGGCCGUGUGUGAGAGUGUGUUCAGUGAGAUGGAGUCUCAGGCUGUAGAUGCUCUGGAUCUGCCAGGCUCCGGAUGUUUCCGCAUGAGGAGCCACAGCUAUGUGCGGGCCAUUGAGAAAGGCUGCUCGCAGGAGGAGGAAGAGGAGAGAGCGACACGUCAGGCCAUUUUACCUCCUCGGACUACAACUACUGUCCGAACCAUCCAGAGCAGCACAGUAUCAUCAUGUAUAACCACCUACAAGAAAACCCCACCCCCCGUCCCGCCCAGGUCAACGCCCACCAGACCCUACAUCUCUAUAACAGCCCAGAGCAGCACAGAAUCAGCCCAAGAUGCCUACAAUGAGCUGACUGGUGCUGGGCCUGCUAACCGGGCCUUGGCAGCCGUCCAGUCUGGCCUCAGCAACUCCACAGAGAGCAUCGAUAGCAUGAAGGCCCUGACGGCAGCCAUCGAGGCAGCAAACGCGCAAGUCCAUGGACCGGCCAGCCAGCAUGUGACCAACAGCACCAUCACCAUCACCACAGCCACCGCCACCUCUAGCGUUACACACAUCUCAGAGGACGCUAAGAGAGAUGCCCUCAGGAAGAGCCUGUCCAUAGGGAUACAGGUGGAUGGUCCUGAGGAACCCAACCAAUCAGAAGUGCACUGUAAGUUUCAGUCGGUCGGCAUUCAAGUAGAGGAGGAGAGAAGCUACCGUAGAGUCACACGCUCCAACAGCGUCACCACUGCCGUUCAAGCUGAUCUUGACCUUCUGGAAGGUCUUGGCGACAACCAGUUUACACAAUCCCACCAAGGCCCCAUUGUCCACCAGUCGUCCCGAGACGCGGCCACUUCCACCGUAAGCAUUCAGGGCUCUGGGAACCACUACCAUGCCUGUGUCCAGGAUGAGUACAGCGACGUGGACUUCGACCCCUCCAUACUGCCCCCACCGGACCCCUGGAUGGAUGGAGCCACAGAGGAGGAAUACGCAGGUGGAGUGUCGGGCUCUGUGUGUCUGCAGGAUGGACGCUGGUUUCUGAAGCUGCUGCAGGCAGAGGUGGAGAGGAUGGAGGGCUGGUGCAUGCAGAUGGAGAAGGAUGAGCGGGAGAAUGAGCUACCAGAAGACAUCCUUGGGAAGAUUCGCAGUGCGGUGGGCAGCGCACAAUUGCUGAUGGCGCAGAAAUUUCAGCAGUUCCGGGAUCUUUGUGAAGAAAACUUGAAUCCCAACGCCCACCCGCGGCCCAUGUCUCAGGAUCUGGCAGGAUUCUGGGAUAUGCUGCAGCUGUCCAUUGAGAACAUCAGUCUGAAGUUUGACGAGCUCCACCAGCUGAAAGCUAACAACUGGAGAGCGCUGGAUCCUUCUGAGAGGAAGGAGAGGCGCGUGCCCCCUCCGGUACCCAGGAAGCCAGGAAAGGGUCCUGUGCUGCUAGUGAGAGAUCGGUCUCUGGAAGGUUCCCAGCGAACGGAGGCUCGAAAGCGGUUGUUAGCGGCUAAACGUGCUGCUGCUUCUCAGCGCCAGAACUCUGCUACAGAAUGCGCCGACAGCAUCGAAAUAUACAUCCCAGAGGCCCAAACACGAUUAUAAACACUGUCACUGUAAAACAACCAGGUGCUUAGAGGCCUAAACAGACACAAAUACACACUCAUCUUCAAGCAUAACACAAUAGCACUGAAUGACAAAGGCAGGGUAGCUGUAACAUAAUCACUCCUCUUUUAUUGUGUAAAAGAGAGUUUCUUCACUGUGGGCUACUACUGUAUGUAUUUAUGACUUAAAGGGAUAGUUCACCUAAAAUGUUAAUUUGUCAGUAAUUUAUUCACCCUCUGGCCAUCCAAGAUUCUUCAGUAGUACAUUUAAGGAGAUUUUAGCUAUAACUGUGGUCCUUGGUGGUUCAUUUAAUGUAAGUCUGACUUUUGGACAGUUUUAGAGUUAAAAAAAACAUAUCCAGUUAAAACAAAUGUAAUCUAAUGGGUCCUGACAAUGCAUUGAGGUCUUAAAAAGCAAAUGUUUUGUAUUGCUUAAAGCCUGGGACACACUAAGCUUACGGUCGGCAGCCAAGCAUACCUUGGGCAGCUUCAGGCUGUCGGUGAGCAUCUGUUUGUUUGGGGUGUUCCACACGUCACCUCACGUCAGGCUCAUGUCGGGAGGUUGUACCGUUCAGCAUGUAGAAUCGCUGUCAGUCAUUGGUGAUGGAGAGCACUCUGAUUGGAUGUUCAGCUACGAAUCAGAAUGAGAGAAUAAAAACUUAAGUGACGUAACGAACUAUAUCUAAUUAGAGACCUAACAUUUUUUUAGAGACAACACAUUUUCACACACAUACAGCAAUAUGAGCACCUAAAGCUAAAAAAAAGUAUUUAAAUGCGUAACCAGAACAGCACACAUUCUAUUUUGCACUUUUACAAAACAUUAAUAAAUAAAUAAAAGACAUUAAAUCAAGCAAGUCUCAUGCUGCAAAAGUCAAUUUAUAUCAUUUUACUUUGCGGAAUGAGGACUUUUGGAAUGCGGAGGCCUGUGAUGUAAUACCCAUUUUAUCUUGACUGUUGUUUUUUUAUAAUCGUUGUGGCCAAAAUCGAAACUAAAAGUUGAUUAAUUACACGGCCAUGGUUACUAUUUUGGUGGACUUGUAGUAAACUUGACUUCAAGUGACUUACACUUUUCUUUGAAAGUUUUGCACAGUAAGCCUGACUGGAAAAUUUCCUUGCAGUUUUGAUGCUGCAAACAUCCAAAAUGUACCGUAGCAUGAUUGAUUCAUCGACAUGAAUGAUUCAUCGACAUGUUUCUAGACGUGUAAAUGCAUGAUAAUUUUGAAAAUGUCGGUUUAACUUAUGUAAAUGUUACUUUUUUAAACGUAAAGGACGAUUUUUUUUUGUUGUUUUUUGGCUACAUUGUCCUGUAAACGUUGCCUCAGUCUGCUGCCAGAAGGGAUCAGACGCAGCUGACACGAAGUGACAACAUAGUUGAUGUUUGUCUUGUGCUUAAGACCUCAAUGUAUUAUCAGGCCUAUAUGUAUUCAUUUUGUCUUGCAUUUAUAUGUUUGGGUUUGUUUUUUAACUCUCAAUGUGCUGGAAGCCAUUGACUUGCAUUUUAGGAAUUAGCAAGAUGAAAGUUUUAUCUAAAAAGCUUAUUAUCUAAUGGUAAACCAACAAAUUUGAGUUCUUUUUGUUGAACUAUCCCUUUAAUUUAACUCUCUUCCUCCGUCCUGCCAAUUGCAAUGUAGCUCCCUUGUUAAACUCCCAAAGACUUUUACUAUUUCUAUUAGACACUCUAUAUUUAAUUAAUAUAACCAAUAUAUAUAUAUAUAUAUAUUCAUGCCUAAAAGCAUAUUAUUAUGUCUGUUAUAUUACUACCCAAAUAAUGCACACUACUGAAUUUUAUUAUUGAUUUGUAGAUUUUUGAAGUUACUGUCUAAGAGCCAUAUGUCUUGUGUUCUCAAAGAGGACAUAACUUCUAAAAGGGCAACAUACCGUUCACUUCUGAAGAUUUUAACACCAAUGUAGCUUUGAAUUGCAGUUGUAUGUUUGUGUAAAUGCGCUUCACUCUCUCACGUGUCACCUCUGAGACAGGGUGAGGCUCUUCUGUUUUCAUUAUCAAGGGACAGAGUGGACAAAAAAAAAAACACUUCUUUUCUUUCUUCUCAUAUUUAUCAAACUCAUACUUGAUCAUCUCGUCCCAUCCUCUAGUCUCAUUUCAUUUCCUGCCAUCUUUCCACAGCAGUGCCGCUCACCUGUUUGACUGACAUAGAUGUCCAUGGCAUCUGUCAAAUGUGACACUUUUAUCUGUCAGCUUUCACGUCAUUGACAGAAGUGCUGUCAGGACACGCCAGUCUUCACAGCUCUGAUUCAUUAGCCAUUAAUAAAGUAGCAAUGUGUCGCAUUAUAAAACAUGACAUACGGGCAGUCAGGGAUUUCAUUCAGCAUUAAGCCCAGUUCACACUGACAGCGAUAAAAUGACCAAAGUCUUUCAUUUGAAAUAAUAAUUGCUGAUUUGUAGUUUCAUCAACAAGGUGGUGCAGUGUGGCUUUCAAUUUCAUGUUAAUUGAAAUUUCAAUUCUCGUAAUUACCUGAACUGUUUCAAAGUUGUGAUCCUGUACAUCACAGAAGAUUUUAUUUCCUCAUCAUUAUUUUGAC